AUGGCCAUUCUCCUUAUUGGCGGUACGGGCAAGACUGCCGUCCGUCUGGCCCGCUUCCUUCAAAAUGACAACCGCCAAUUUCUCUUGGCCUCUCGGCGAGGCCAAUCUGCGGCCCCUCAGGGCAUGCCGGCAGUCAGGUUUGACUGGAUGAACAGGUCCACGUGGAAGGAACCGUUCCUGUAUCGAUUUGUGGGCGAUGAGAAGGUCAAUGCGAUUUACCUAAUGGAGCCACUGGUGGAUGAGCCCUGGAAACCUCUGAAUGAGUUUAUCGCCUAUGCUCGCCAGGAGUAUGAAGUUGGUCGGUUUGUGCUUGUGGCAGGCACUUCAGCCCAGCCGGGAAAACCAGGCAUGGGGAUGGUCUGGCAGAACUUUUUGCAGACAGGAGUGGACUUCUGUGUCCUCCGGCCUAGCUGGUUUAUGGAGAAUCUUUCGGAAGAGGCACCAGCCUUGCUGGUAAAAGAGCACAGUAAGAUCUACACCGCCUGUGGAGACGGCAGGAUCCCAUUCGUCAGCGCCACAGAUAUCGCGGCAGUGGCCUUUCGUGCCUUAACCGAUGCCAAAUCCCACAACUGCGACUAUCGUAUUCUAGGCCCCGAACUGCUGACCUAUGACGAGGUCGUGCGGAAGCUUAGUGCGGCACUUGGGCGACCGAUCGAACACGUUAAGCUCUCGGGUAAGGACCGCUACCAGGGACUCGUGAGCGCCGGGGUGUCAGACUACUAUGCUCAUUUCCUUGCCAACCUAGAAACGGCCGCUGCGGAAGGAUUUGAAACCCAUAUGAACGACGAUGUGGAGAAAGUGACUGGUCGGCCUCCAAAGAGCUUUGAUGUUUUUGCCCUCGAGAACCGCGCCACCUGGCUUUAA